GGAGCCUCCGCCCCGGGGACCCCCAUCCCUGGCUGUCCCCCAAUUGCGCGUCCCUGCCCCACCCCCGCGGCCGAGCCACCGCUGGUGUGGCGGUCUCCGCUUGGCGGAGGCGCCUUGAGCGGCCACCUGGUCCCUCUCCACAGCCUCUUUGCAUCUUGGAUUUCGGGGCAGCCCCCUCCCCCACCCCUCCCUUGCCUCCUUGCACCCCAAUUUUUUCUGCGUCUCGCUCGGGUUUUGCAGCCGUCUAUUUUUGCAUCCCUUUUCAUUUUGUUUCUAGAAGGUUUGGGGGGGUUGGAGAGGCUGCAUCGCACCCCUUCCUCUUUCUAACCUCCCCUGCUCUGACAGCCCCCUUUUCAUCGCAGCCCGGGGUGGGGGGGGGCUAGGAUCGGUGCAUCCUACGCCGCGCUGCCAGGACCCCGCAGCGCGUGGCCGUGCACCCCGGAAUUUGCAGCAGCUGUCCAUCUGAGGAGGGUCUCCCUCGCCCCCGCCGCCUUUGCUCCCCGCGCGCUCCGGAGCGUGGGGGGGCUUCCGCGCGCCGCACCCCAGCUUCUCCGCAGCCCCCCGCCCCGCGCGGGACUCGCCCCCCGCCGCCAAGAUGGUCAUCCAGAAGGAGAAGAAGAGCUGCGGGCAGGUGGUUGAGGAGUGGAAGGAGUUCGUGUGGAACCCGAGGACGCACCAGUUCAUGGGCCGCACCGGGACCAGCUGGGCCUUCAUCCUUCUCUUCUACCUCGUGUUCUAUGGCUUCCUCACGGCCAUGUUCACCCUCACCAUGUGGGUCAUGCUGCAGACGGUCUCUGACCAUACCCCCAAGUACCAGGACCGACUGGCCACACCGGGUUUGAUGAUUCGCCCCAAGACUGAGAAUCUUGAUGUCGUUGUCAACGUCAGCGACACUGAAAGCUGGGACCAACAUGUUCGGAAGCUCAACAAGUUCUUGGAGCCUUACAAUGAUUCCAUCCAAGCCCAAAAGAAUGAUGUCUGCCGCCCUGGGCGCUAUUACGAACAGCCCGAUAACGGGGUCCUCAACUACCCGAAGCGUGCCUGCCAGUUCAACCGGACCCAGCUGGGCGACUGCUCUGGCAUCGGGGACCCGACCCACUAUGGUUACAGCACCGGGCAGCCCUGUGUCUUCAUCAAGAUGAACCGGGUCAUCAACUUCUACGCGGGAGCAAAUCAGAGCAUGAACGUUACCUGUGUGGGGAAGCGGGAUGAAGAUGCUGAGAAUCUCGGCAACUUUGUCAUGUUCCCUGCCAACGGCAGCAUUGACCUCAUGUACUUCCCUUACUAUGGCAAAAAGUUCCACGUGAACUACACGCAGCCCCUGGUGGCCGUGAAGUUCCUGAACGUGACCCCCAAUGUGGAGGUGAACGUAGAAUGCCGCAUCAAUGCCGCCAACAUCGCCACAGACGAUGAGCGAGACAAGUUCGCCGGCCGCGUGGCCUUCAAACUCCGCAUCAACAAAACCUGAGGCCCCUUCCUCCUGCCCCCACCUCUUUCCUAUGGAUGCUUCUGGAAUGUCCCUGACCCUGCCUGAUCCCUCCCUCACCUGCCCCAAAGGUAUUUUUUAUAACAGAGCUAUGACCUGUUUGAGCCUCACGCCCCUUUUCUUUACUUGUGAACCCAGCCUGAUGGCCAUUGUGAAUCCCUGCCUUCCCACGGUCUCCGCCCUCCCCUCCCCUCCCCUCCGGAUUCCAGCUCCGUCAGAGGCAGGGAGGCGGGACCCCAGGAAGGUGGCCCAAGGAGUUAGGGGCUGUUCUGGUUCGGGUUUAGCUGUGAGUGGGCUGUCUCCACCCCUGCUGUCCCCAGAGAGCGAUAGAAAAGGCAUGCCCGCCCACCUUCACACCUGCCCACCAUCACAUCCACCUUCACACCUGCCCACCUUUGCACCCGCCUUCCCACCCAUCCACCACCCACCUUCUCACCUCCCACCUUCACACCUUCCCACCUGCCUUCCCACCCCCCACCCAGCUUCUCAGUCUCCCACCUUCACACCUGCCUUCACACUCAUCCACCUCCCCCCUGCACAUCUCAUUUCACCCCUGGUUUGCAGACCCCAGUGUGGCCCUCCAUUCACCUUCCUGUCUCCCACGCUUUCUGCUUCAUCGACACAGCCACUGUCUUGGUGGCUUUGACUUACCCGGCCCCUCCAGCAUUGGCAAUGUGUCCCCAAGCCCUCUCCGUCCCCCUUCCCGCCUCUGGAAGACAGCUACUUGUAACUGAGGACGAGGUGGCUGUGUGGCCUUUUCCCUGUCUUCUGGCCCAUUUUUCUUCUCAUCCUGUGGUGACUGGCGCGAGGUGGGCAUGAGGGUCUGGAAGAGGAGUCCCGGUUGGUUCUUCUAGAAAAUUCUCUUCCUGUCACCCACAUAGGCACUCCUUGGAGGGACGGGGCUGACCUAGGCUGAACAUCCACUUUGUUUUUUGCCGACGACGGCUCACUGUUUCCCUGUUUGUUUUCCCAGAAUAUCCUUCAAGUUCCACUUCCCCGGAGCGCUGGGGGAGGGCGGCCAUUUUGGCUGGGAAACGUCAGCUGGCUAUGGGACGAUUUCACCUCCUUCCCCCCCGGCUUCCUCCCUCUGGCUUCUCUUCGCACGUUAUCAACUAAUCACUAACUCCUUCCUUCUCCUCUGCAGGUCAGCCUAAACGCUGCAAAUAGCCCCCCAGUCUAGGCUCUGAAUUUCUUGGCCCUGUCUCCUUCGGGACCCCUUGGCGUUUUUUUGAACGACCCCAUAGUGCACAUAGAAUGUUACGUGAGGGGCCUCUGGUGUUCUUGAGUGAUAGUGCCCUUGACCUCUGCCCUCUCUAACUCCCCAUUUCUUUUCUGACACUGCAGUUUCCACACCUCACCCCCCUCCCUCAGAUGGACCCACCCCUCCUUCCCUCUCACUGGAUCUGGGUCUCUUCCCUUGGGGUCCCCAUGUUUUCCUGCAUUCCCUUCGCUCCAGUGGUCUCUCUCUGCAGUUAUUUAAUGCCUGUGUCAGAUCUACUGUAAAAGAGAAUAAAGUACAAUAAAAUGAGAGCAAUUAUAUAUAUAAA